UGGUUUCAGGAAGUUCCACGUCACAUUUAGUUGUCCAUUGGAAAAAAUCGGGGGUACGACUGCCGAAAGCAGACGAAUGUGAUUAUACACCAUUUUGACUGAAAGGAGACGAGCAUUGCAAAGGAAUCAUGCCUCUCCGGCUGGACAUCAAGCGCAAGCUAACGGCCCGGUCAGACCGCGUCAAGAGCGUUGACCUACACCCGACUGAACCAUGGAUGUUGGCGAGCCUUUACAAUGGCAGCGUGUGCGUCUGGAACCACGAAACACAAACCCUGGUGAAGACCUUUGAGGUCUGUGAUUUACCUGUGCGAGCAUCCAAGUUUGUUGCCAGGAAAAACUGGGUCAUUACUGGGGCAGAUGACAUGCAAAUUCGUGUAUUUAACUACAACACACUGGAGCGUGUUCACAUGUUUGAGGCACACUCUGACUACAUCCGCUGCAUCGCUGUCCACCCCACACAGCCUUACAUCCUCACUAGCAGCGAUGACAUGCUCAUCAAGCUCUGGGACUGGGAUAAGAAGUGGACGUGCAGUCAGGUGUUUGAGGGCCACACACAUUACGUCAUGCAGAUCGUCAUCAACCCGAAAGACAACAACCAGUUUGCCAGUGCUUCCCUGGAUAGAACCAUUAAGGUAUGGCAGCUGGGCUCCAACUCCCCUAACUUCACGCUGGAGGGCCACGAGAAAGGAGUGAACUGCAUAGACUACUACAGCGGAGGAGACAAGCCCUACCUGAUAUCAGGGGCAGACGACAGACUGGUGAAGAUCUGGGACUACCAGAAUAAGACCUGUGUGCAGACUUUGGAGGGCCAUGCUCAGAACGUGUCCUGUGUGAGCUUCCACCCAGAGCUGCCCAUCAUCAUCACAGGCUCAGAGGAUGGCACGGUGCGUAUCUGGCAUUCCAGUACGUACCGCCUGGAGAGCACGCUGAACUAUGGCAUGGAGCGUGUGUGGUGCGUGUGCGGCCUGCGUGGCUCCAACAACGUGGCCUUGGGCUAUGAUGAAGGGAGCAUCAUCAUCAAGCUGGGUCGUGAGGAGCCAGCCAUGUCCAUGGACACCAAUGGAAAGAUUAUCUGGGCCAAACACUCAGAGGUGCAGCAGGCCAACCUGAAGGCCAUGGGGGACACGGAGAUUAAGGACGGCGAGAGACUUCCUCUGGCUGUCAAAGACAUGGGCAGCUGUGAGAUCUACCCUCAGACCAUCCAGCACAACCCCAACGGCAGGUUUGUUGUGGUGUGUGGAGACGGAGAGUACAUCAUCUACACAGCCAUGGCUCUGAGGAACAAGAGCUUCGGGUCAGCACAGGAGUUUGUCUGGGCCCACGACUCCUCAGAGUAUGCCAUCAGGGAGUCCAGCAGUGUGGUAAAAAUCUUCAAGAAUUUCAAGGAGAAGAAAUCUUUUAAGCCUGACUUUGGUGCAGAAGGUAUUUAUGGUGGUUUCCUGCUGGGCGUCCGUUCUGUGAAUGGCUUGGCCUUCUAUGACUGGGAAAACACAGAGCUGAUUCGGCGCAUUGAGAUCCAGCCUAAACAUAUCUUUUGGUCCGACUCUGGAGAGCUGGUGUGCAUCGCCACAGAGGAGUCCUUCUUCAUCCUACGCUACCUGUCCGAGAAGGUGGCCACCUCCCAGGAGACGAACGAGGGAGUGACCGAGGACGGCAUUGAGGACGCUUUUGAGGUCCUGGGGGAGAUUCAGGAGAUUGUGAAGACAGGCCUGUGGGUGGGAGAUUGCUUCAUCUACACCAGCUCUGUCAACAGACUCAACUACUAUGUUGGAGGAGAGAUCGUCACCAUCGCUCACCUGGACAGGACCAUGUACUUGCUGGGCUACAUCCCUAAGGAUGACCGACUGUACUUGGGCGAUAAAGAGCUGAACAUCGUCAGCUAUUCAUUGUUGGUGUCAGUUUUGGAGUACCAAACGGCAGUCAUGCGCAGAGACUUUAGCAUGGCCGACAAGGUCCUACCCACAAUCCCCAAAGAACAGAGGACCCGCGUGGCCCACUUCCUGGAGAAACAGGGCUUCAAGCAGCAGGCUCUGGCCGUGUCCACUGACCCAGAGCACAGGUUUGAGCUGGCCCUGCAGCUGGGAGAGCUCAAGAUCGCCUAUCAGCUGGCUGUGGAGGCCGAGUCGGAGCAGAAGUGGAAGCAGCUGGCAGAGCUGGCCAUCAGCAAGUGCCAGUUUGGUUUGGCGCAGGAGUGCCUCCACCACGCCCAGGACUACGGGGGCCUGCUGCUGCUAGCCACCGCCUCGGGCAACGCUGCCAUGGUGGGCAAGCUGGCCGAGGGAGCGGAACGCGACGGCAAAAACAACGUGGCAUUCAUGACCUACUUCCUGCAGGGGAAACUGGACCACUGCCUGGAGCUCCUCAUCAGAACCAACCGCCUACCUGAGGCGGCCUUCCUCGCCCGCACUUACCUGCCCAGCCAGGUGUCCAGGGUGGUGAAACUGUGGAGGGAGUCUCUGUCUAAGGUGAACCAGAAGGCAGCAGAGUCUCUGGCCGACCCUACUGAGUAUGAGAACCUGUUCCCUGGCCUGAAGGAGGCCUUCGUGGCUGAGCAGUUCCUCCGGGAGACCAGCCAGGGCAAGACCCGGCCGGCCACCGACUACCCGCUGGUCACGCCCAACGAGGAGAGGAAUGUUUUAGAAGAGGCGCGAGGCUACGAGCCCAAAGAAGUCCCUGCACAUGUUGAGUCCAUCGAGGAGAGGAAUGUUCUAGAAGAGGUUGGAGGCCACGAGCCCAAAGAAGUCCCUGCACCUGCCGAGCCCAUCGAGGAGAGGAAUAUUGUAGAAGAGGCACGAGGCCACGAGCCCAAAGAAGUCCCUGCACCUGCCGAGAUCCUGGAUGAGCUGGAGGAUGACCUUGACAACAUGGAACUUGACGACAUUGACACCACAGACGUAAACCUUGAUGAUGACUUCCUAGAUGACUAACACACCCUUAUGAUUCAGGCCAUCUGUGUUUAUUUAAGAGACCAAACUUCUUUUGUAUUUCUACUUGAGUUGUGUAAGGCAGUAAAACUUGUUAGCUGCUGUGGUUAUCAGUGCGAAUCACUAAUGCAUCAUGGGUGAUUUCCCACGUGAAUAUUGGCGGGGUGGGGUUAAGGGACACAUUCAUUCUGAAUUUUUAUAUGCUAACUCUUCAGCUCGCCUCCGACAGCUGCCCUUGCCUUUAAGUAUGUAUUUCUUUAUCUAAAUGUAUGUCCUAACUUAGAGCAAUCAUUGUUCAUUCACAGAAAAAAUAAAUAAAACAUUGCAUUAUGGUUUCAA